AUGGAAUCAUAUGAUAAAUCAAGUACUGAGGUUAAUGAGGAUGGUGUCGACGGUUUAGUCAAGGAGUUUGAAAAGGAAGGUAUGAAGUUAAAUUCAAAGAGGGUUUCACUUUCAAGUAGUACAGGUAUAUCAAAUACUCCACCAAACACAUCACCACCUAUUAAUUCGUCUAUUCAAUUGCAACAACAAUCUCAGCAAUCAAACUUUAAUCCAUUAUCAGUAUCAAAUAAUUUAAUGCCACAAAUAUCACCAUUUAUUUUAGGUUAUGCAAGAGAGGAUAUGUCAAAAGAUGAUGAGUUGGCAAUUAUUCCAAGCUACUUGAUGCCUUUACAUCCUUUUGCAUGCUAUCAUUCCUUAAAUUUCUUGUUAGAUUACUUUAAACAAUCAUGUUUUUAUCCAAAUACUUUAAAUAAUAAUAAUAACGCCAACAACAAUAGUAAUAAAGAACAUUUAAAUAAAUCAUUAAAUGAAAUAAUAGACAAUAAACUUCAAAUCACAGAGGCUUUAACUAAAGUAAUCUAUAAAUUUAUUUAUAACGAACACCCAGAAUUAUUAUCACGUUUAUCAAUUUCAAUCGAUGACUUUGUAAUGUUAUUGUUCUUGGUAGCAGAGUAUUAUCAUAAUUCAAUUAUUGACCCACUAAAUAAUACAAGCCAUAGUUUAAAGAAAUUAAAAUCAUCAUCAUUAAAACCAGCAGCUGCAUCCCAAUCAAGUUUUACCCCAUCAUCAGCAACAUCAUCAACAUCAAAAUCAAAUGUCGCAAAUUAUUCAUAUUAUGAAAUUUUAAACAAUUUAAUAAAUAUUUCAACACCUUUAACAAAAUCAUUUGGCACUGACUCUGAAUUUCAAAAGUUACUAAAUGAUAUUGGCGAAAAUGACUCUAAUAAUAAUGAAGAAAGUAAUAGCAGUAAUUUUUAUUUAAAAAACAACUACUUGGAUUUAUCAAAUGACUAUAUUCAAAUUAAAGAACAAUUGGAAUUGAUAUUUAAAUGGAUAGUUGACUUUAUUGGUUUCAAGCUAUUUGAUAAUGUAUCUUCUCAAUUAUCAGGUAGAGAUCCAACUACUUUAGAAAGAGUUAAACUAAUUAAUCAAAAUAACGUUGUCAAAUUGAAGAGCUGUUUAUUCAAGUGCUACAACUAUAUUAAAAUUGCCUCAAUUGUCAAUAUCACAUUACCAAAUAUCUCAUUUAAAGGGUUUUUGCCACUUCCACACUAUUUAAUUCAAUCAAAUAUUUAUAAACCAGUUAAAAAACUCUCAACAUCAACACCAAUUUCCCCAUUAAAUAAUAGCGGAUCAAGUCUAGUGACAAGUGGAAGUAGUGUUCUUAGCAGUGAUGGGCUUGAAAGACAAAGAAAUUUAUUUUUAUCAUCAUUAGAGCAAGAUGAUGAGUCCUUUAGUGAAUUGGUUGCAGUUUUAAAGAAUAAGUUAUAUAAAGAUUCACCAAUCUCUUUAGAAAAUAUUGAAAUUAUAACACUAGAGGAGUUUAAUAAUAGAACAAAAAAUAAUUUAACAAAGCAAUCUCAACAACAACAACAGCCACAAUCACAACAACACCCCUUACUUUAUAUGAAACAGUAUAAUUAUUCAAGUUCAAGUUUACGUCAAGAUGACUCUUCAAUUAUUGAUGAUUAUCAAUUGGACUUGUUUACAAAUGAGGAAUUGUUAUUAUAUUAUGGAUACACAUCAUUGGAGGAAGAAAUGGGCUUCAUUAGAUUCGAAAUUCAAGUAUUUAAAUCAAUUGAACAAUUAGAAAAACAAUUUACCGACCAAGAUGAAUUAGAUAGAGAAAUUAGAUUAAUGAAGAUUAAGAAAUCAAUUUUAGAAAGCUAUUUAGGUGAUUUAAAUUCAUCAACAUCUUCAAUAAUAACAACUAUUAACAAUAGCUCUGCUGUUGAUAUUACUGUUAGUACAAGUAGUUUUAAAUCAAAUAAGAAGCUCGUAGAUACCAUUACAUUAAAAAGAAAAGAGGGCUACUAUUUAGAUUUCCUUAGUCAAGAAAAUAUUUUAGGUUAUAAUCUAUUAGAGUUAACAAGAUUAUCAAAGCUUAGAGAGGUCGAAAGUUACUUUUAUGAAGAGGGUCAAUUAUCAAAGCAAAUUAAUCUUAGAAACGAAAUGGAAACCUUAGUUUAUCUAAGUAAACAGUUAAAAUUAGUUUUAAUAAGAAUUACAUCAAAACUAAAUUUAAUUUCAACUUUAUUAACAAACAACAGUAGAGAUCAAUUAACAAAUAGUGGGUCUAUUGGCAGUUAUAAUAAUAACAACAUUUUCUUGUACGAGUUGGAAAAGUAUUAUAAAUCACAUUUAUCAAUUAUUGAACAAUCAGUUAUUCUUCUUUCAAAUUUAAAGAAUCAAUUCACUAAACCAACUAUUAAAUCAGUACCAUUUAUAAAACCAACUGACGAGAUUUAUAGAAGAUUCGAAAAUUGGCUUAAACAAGGUGGUGUUCAAUUCCCAAAAUUACAAAUUGCAAAUUUCACAGAUUCAACUGGAAGAGGUGUUGUCACAACAAAGAAGGUCGAUGAAGACGAGGUUGUUGUUAGUGUCCCAAGAAAGUAUUUGAUAAAUGUUGAUGUUGCUAAAAGUAAUCCAAUUUUAGGUCCAAUCUUCGAGGAGCUUCAUUUAAAUGAUGAAACUAUUCUUUUCUUAUUUGUAAUUUAUGAAAAAGAAAACCCAAAUACUUUUUGGAGACCAUUCUAUGAUACACUACCAUCAUACUUUACAACAUCUAUCCAUUACUCAUCUACUGAAUUAUUAGAGUUAGAGGGUACCAAUUUAUUUGCAGAGACUCUUGCAGUUAAACAACAGCUACAAGCAUUUAGAGAUUAUUUAUUCCCAGAGCUAUCAAAUCAAUAUCCAGAUAUUUUCCCAGAAAGUGUCUUCUCUUGGGAAAACUUUUUAUGGGCAAGAUCAUUAUUGGACAGUAGAGCAAUUCAACUAAAGAUUGAUGGAAAGAUUAAAAGCUGUUUAGUACCAAUGGCAGAUAUGAUUAACCACCAUACCAAUGCACAAAUCUCUGAAAGACAUUUCGAUCAAGACUCUAAUUGCUUUAGAAUGGUUUCAAGUUGUAAUAUACCUGCAAACAAUCAAAUAUUUUUACAUUAUGGAGCACUUCAAAAUUCAGAUUUAGCAUUGUAUUAUGGCUUUGUUAUACCAAAUAAUAUUUAUGAUAGUUUCCACGUAGGCUAUGAAUUAGAAGCCGAUGAGGCAGAGGAAGGUGAAGAAUCAGUACAAGAAUUAAAAAAACAAAAAGAUAAAUUAUUAAUUGAUCAUAAUUUAUCGCCAGAUUCAAAUUAUUUAAGAAAAGAUAGAAUACCAACUAAAAAUUUUGCAUGCCUUAGAGUUAUCCUUUUAACCAAAGAAGAAUUUAACCCAUAUAUUGAUAUCUGGAACCCAAUCAAUUUAAAAAAUGAAACAGCAGUAUUACAAACUCUUUAUCAAUUGGUUUUAAUGUUAUUGAAAUCGUUCUCAUCAACUUAUCAAGAAGAUCAACAAUUGCUAGAAGUCAUGAUAAAUAAAGAUAAUGAUAGUAAAAAUAAUAUUGAUAAUGAAUCAGUCGAUAGCAAUAGUAACAAUAAUAAUAACAACAAUAAUAGUGAUAAUGAUAAUGGUAUUAAUAUAGGUAAUAUUAAAAAGAAUUUAAGUUCAAAUGAAUUAUCAAAUAAUAAUAACGGCAACAAUAGUGAUAAUAAUAAUAACAAUAGUAAUCAUAAUAGCAGAGAUGAAGAUGAUGAAGAAUAUAGCGAAGACGAUUCAGAAUCUACCAAUUCAGAAAAUGAUCUUCAAUCAUCAGAACAAAUGAGAAUGGUAUUACAAUAUAGAAUCGAACAAAAACAAAUUCUAACCUCGACAAUUGAAAAAAUUGUUUUAUUAAUGGAAGAAAUGGGUCUUGAGUUACCACAAUCACCAGAAGCAAGCGAUCAAGAAUAUGACGAUGAUCAAGAUGAAGAUUUCACUUUAUCAUCAGAUAAUGAUGAAUAUUUUAGCGAUACAAAUGAAAAUGAUGAUUAAACAUUUUCCAAAUUUAAAAAUAAACAUUAUUAAUAACCAAA